AUGAGUGAACUUGCCAUAAACUUCCCAGAGUCAGACCCAGGCAUGCGGCUGUUUAACUUCAUGUCGGUUCAUGCCCUGCAUCAAGUGCGGUUUUCAUUACACAAGUGGCAACUUAGCUUUGGAGGAUUGGUCGUUUGGCCGCAGUCGCAGAUGGCCCUGGCUCCGGGAGCGUGUGCAUGGGCCACGCACCGGGUGCAGCCAGCACCUGAUCGUUUUGCGGUUGCAGCCACUUUGCGGACAUGGAGAAGCUGGAAAGGGGUGACGGUCACGGUGAACCUGGCGGAGGGAAGACACCGAAAAGGGCAAGCAUGGCGUCAAGCCUGGACGCAUGCAUCUUUAGCAUCAGCCAUGGCUGGGGGCAUCUUGUGGCACUCCCAGACCCGAAGGCAGCGAGGCAGGAUACAGAGUGUUUUUCGGAGUUCAUGCCAGUCACAGCUGGAAGCACUUUUUGAAGAGAGCCCAUGGCGCAGGGGUCUGGAGCCUGCAGAAGAGUCCAAACCAACAAGGCUGACUUUUUUAGGUCGUUUGCCUGAAGAUCUUGUUGGAACGGUCUAUAGAAAUGGGCCAGGGCGAAUACGAAUUGGAGAAUCCCAAUAUGGGCAUUGGUUUGAUGGUGAUGGAUUCGUAACCGCCCUUACUGUGGAUGGCAAGCAGCAAGAGGCCGCUUUUACUUCCCGCUUUGUCAAGACCAAUCGGUUCGAAGCGCAACAGAAGCCCGAGGCGUUCUUCAAGACCGAGAGGGGCUCUGGCAUGGCGUUGAUGGGUGCAUGGACACCCUCUGCGAACGGCGAUCUGCUAUCAAAUAUCUUCAGGCUGCCGACGAACCCUGCAAACACCAAUGUGCUGUGGUGGGGUGAUCGAUUGCUGGCGUUGUGCGAAGGAGGUACACCAUACGCCUUAGAUCCUGGUACCUUGGAGACGUUGGGCCAGGAGCUUUUCCGUCAUCCGUCCCUCCAGCAAAGUGGAGUGCAGUUUUUCUCUGCGCAUCCAAAACAGGACCCAGAAUCUGGAGAGCUCUUUAACAUAGGGCUGAAGAUUGGGCUCGAGCCGAGCUUGGAAGUGUACAAGUGCUCGGCAGAUCGACUGCUGUUGGAGAGGACUGGCAUCCCCUUGGCAGAUAUUACAUUUGUCCAUGACUUUGCCAUCACGCGUGAGUAUGUAGUUCUUAUCAUUCCUCCUUGGUCUUGUUCGACAAGCGGUCUUGCAACGAGUCUCUGGAAGGGGGCGCUGGGACAGUUCUUUGAGUGGAAAGAAGACGCAGGAACCAGAUUGCUUGUGCUCCGGCGAAGUGAUUUGUCUACCGUCUUCGACAAAUCGUUGAAGCCGGCAGUUUCGCUUUACCACACGGUCAAUGCAUAUGAUGAUGACGCUGGUGCUGCCGUAUGGCUUCAGAUAGCUGCACACAAUGGACCUCGAGAGAAUGUCGAACGAAACUUCGGAGACAUGUAUCGGAGCACAUGGUCAGACACAACUCGCUGUUCCUUGAAGCUGCUUCGUCUGGACCUGGCAUCUGGAAGCAUUUCGAGCAGCGAGCUGGGGCCACAAGCCGCUUCGACCUUCGAACUUCCCAACAUACAUCCAGCCUUCGUUGGCCGCCGAAACAAGCACGUCUGGACCAAUGCCGCAUAUCCAUCUGACGCCGCAUUUCUCAAUUGUGUGGAGCGACUGGACAUUGAUGGUAAUGUCGUGGAUCGGGCGUGCUUUGGCCCGGGACAAUUUGCGGGCGAGCCGAUGAUCCUCCCCAAGCCAUCCACUUCAGAAGAACUGGCGGCGCCGCUGGGCAAGAGUAAAGAGGGGCGAAAGGACUCAGAUACCAACUUGCAAGCCACAAACAGCGCUGUAAAUGCAGAAGCGAGGCCAGCUCUUUCUGAGCUCCAGAACCAGCAGGAUAGAGCUGUUGAAUAUUACUUGUGGGACGUGGCUGAGACAAUAGGCAAAGACAUUCCCGCCCAAGCCAAGAAGUACAAAGGCAAACACCUCCUUGAGAACUUCAAGCGGUUCUUGGCCAUCCUUGAUGGUGCUCACCUCUCAGCUGGUCCAGUUGCAGAGGUACAAUUGCCUGGCCACGUGCCAUAUUCUUUCCACGGAGAGUGGGUGCCUGGUGCGGUGGCAUGCAAUAAUCAUGCAGUUCAUGUCCCGCGUCCAUACUUUGUCCGCUGCAAGUUGAUACGUUCAGGCGCAGUCGACGUUCUUCGGCUUGCCUCGUCUGAGCAACCUUCGACAUGA